AUGGCCGAAGUGGAUAACCAGAUUUCGGGCAAAAGAGCCCUUGACCUUUUCAAACUGACCCUUAACUUCAAUCUCUUAUACACGACCUCCCACUGUGUGAUAUACAAGUUUGGAGAAAGCCAGGAAUGGGAAAAAACUGAGUUUCAAGGCACGCUAGCGCUCUAUUUGAGAGAGUUCCAGCCUCUAGCGCCUGGAGAGAAUUUGGGAUACGAGCUGCUUCAGAAGCUUUUCUGCUACGGGUUGAUUUUGCUCAAUAGACAGAGUCCAGAGUGCUUUUCACUUGGUCUUUUGCCCAACAAGGUGACAAACCACUUUUUCCCGAAUGGUGUUCAAAACAACGGCAUUCUCGAGAUGGACGUGGAGAUCAACGACAACUUGAUUAUCGUCAAGGACUUGUUGGGAGAUAUCUACGGUUUGUGGGUGUUCAACGAGGAGGACAGAAAGAAGCUUUUCCAGCUUAUGGAGUUCUGUUUGAAGAAUGACGUGCCCAUUACGCAGCAGUAG